AUGCCAGCAGACCUCUCUUCGUAUCUAGCAAAACACUAUCUCAGCGCAGACCCCAAGCCCUCCAAGAAGCGCAAGCGCAACAAGGACGCCUCGGCCGGCCUCCUCAUCACCGACGACGACGAGACGGGCUGGACGCGAUCCACCAAUGCAGACGAUGACGAUGACGAGAAUGUGUCCGCCACGGUAGCAGGGACAUCGGCCGAAUUUCGCAAGGCCAAAAGUUCGGGUUGGAAAGUCGUUGGGGCGCCGGCGCCCAAGGAUGCCGAAGUGCGACAAGGGGGCGAGGACGCAACGGCCGCCGACGCGAUCCUGGCCUCGGCGGCAGCCGAAUCCGCCGCCGCGACGGGCGAGCAAAAAGAUGACGACCCAGCCGUCGUCAUGAUGUCGGAUGGAACGCACGCGGGCCUGCAGUCGGCGGCCACGGUUUCGGCCCAGCUGGCGCGGCGCAAGGCGCUCGAGGAGGCCGAGUUUGAAAAGAUGCGCAAGCACGAGCGCGAGGCCGAGACCGUGUACCGCGACGCGACGGGCCGGCGCAUCGACGUGAGCAUGAAGCGGGCCGAGGCGCGGCGGCAGCUCGCCGAGGCCGAGCAGAAAAAGGCCCAGGCCGUCGAGGCCCUCAAGGGCGACGUCCAGGUCCGCGAGGCCCACGCCCGCCGUGAGCUCCUCCAGGACGCCAAGCUCAUGACCGUUGCCCGCGGCGUCAACGAUGAGGAGAUGAAUCGCGAGCUCAAGGAGAAAACGAGGUGGGGCGACACCAUGGCCGACAUGAUUGGGACAGGCGCCGGUGCCGCGGCGGGAGGCAACAAGAAGAACAAAGGAAGGCCAAUUUAUCAGGGUGCAGCACCGCCGAAUCGAUACGGCAUCCGCCCAGGUUAUCGCUGGGACGGGGUUGAUAGAGGCAAUGGUUGGGAGGCUGAGAGGUUCAGGGCCAUGAACCGUGUGGAAAGAAACAAGAACCUCGAGUACAACUGGCAGAUGGACGAGUAG